AUGAAUGAUCCAAAAGCUGAAGGAUACGGGCGGUUUAGUCGGAGCGUAUUAGGUGCAUGCGCGUGCGCAUUCUUCACGACCGGGGUGCAGAACUGUGUGAUGUCCUACGUGCUGCCUGCGGCGAGAUGUGAACUCCAGUUGACCACCUACCAAGCUGGCCUCGUCAACAUGGCCUUUAUGAGCGGUGGUGUAGCGAGCGCAUUUUUCUGGGGAAUCGUUGCGGACGUAUUUGGACGGCGGAACAUCCUAAGCAUGACGCUACUGAUAGAUUCUGCUAUUCUCCUGGCACAGAGUACUGUGUCCGAUUAUCGAGUUCUACUUGCAGCGAGGACUAUAAACGGAUUUCUUAUUGGUGGGCCAUCGACGCUUGUAUUCACGUACUUAUCCGACCUGGUGGGCGUAAAGAGACGGCAGCUAUAUCUGAACAUCACUGGGAUGUGCUUCGUGGCUGCUUGGCUUAUUUUACCAGCAAUAGCUUGGCUGGUGAUACCAUUUAAAAUAACAAACCACACUAGCCUGCUGCCCAUUCACACGUGGAGGCUGUACCUGGCGCUUGGAAGCAUCCCGGGAUUCCUGUCCGGCGUUUGGGUUCUUUUCCUCCCAGAAAGUCCCCGAUUACUGUGCGAAACAAAUAGAUGUGAGAAAGCACUGAAGUUGUUGACGAACAUCCAUAGGAGCAAUGUGGGGUUGGCCGGAGAAUAUAAGAUAAAGAAGCUGAUUCCGGAUAAUAUUUUUAUUGCGAAGACUGUGAACGGAGAAGAGAACAGAACGAAAGCACUGUUUUACGGCGUGCUCAAAGAUCUGAAGAUGUUCGUGUCAAAGGGCUACGCCUGGAAAUCUACCCUGAUUCUAUUCGUUUUCUUUGCUAACAUGGCCGCUGGUUUUGGUCUUAACCUUUGGAUACCGGAACUCCUUCUUCGGAUGCAAGGGAAGGAAUGCGCUUACUCUCAUUCGACUAUUGUCCCAGAGAAUGCUCGGCUGUUCAACGCAAGUAACAUCGCAUGGAAAGACCUACCAAAGGUUUACGAUUCAUGGAGACCAAACCAAGAUAUAUACAAUGGUACUUUGGUCGACUCUCUCGAUGGUAGGAGGGGGAGGGCAAGAUGUGAGGAGAAUAUUGACAGCGCUGUGUAUACGUCCGGGCUGAUAGUGGGCGCGUGUUGCGUGCUUGGCAAUGCGGCAUGCGCGGUGCUGAGCGGGCGGGGCGGCGCACGGGGCGUGCAGCGUGCGGCAGCGGCGUGCGCGUGCGCGUGCGCGCUAGCGUGCGCGUGCCUCGCCGCGAGCGCAUGCUCAUGCGCAUCGUCCCGCAAGCUGGCGGUGGCAGCGGCGGCCGUGCUGAACGCGGCUUCGCUUAAUGGCAAUGUGCUGCUGAUCAGGCUGUUGCUACAUGCGUUGCCUGCUAAGUUGAGCGGCCUUGGCGUUUGUUGGGGUGCAUGGUGGGGUAGAGCUGGUGGCGUGGUCUCUAACCUAGCAGUUGGAGUGCUUCUUGAUUACUCCUGCCCUGCACCGUUUAUAGCAGUGUCUGCAUUACUAACUAUUUCAAUCUUUGCUAUAAUGAUGAUAAAGUUGGAUGGGAACAAUGAAGCUGAUGUUCCUGACAAUAAGACUGAACAAGAAGUAGACAAGAACACUGGAUUUGAUAGAUUCAUUUCGACUCACAUGUAG